AGCAUAAGCACAUGCACACCCCGCCAAACCCAGCGCAAGAAUCUUGACCAUAUUGUACCAUUGCAGAACUUAGAGAAGGUUCCUGUCCGACGCCCUCCCGUCAUCUAAACCUUUGCCGUUGGAACCCAGCUGGGGAGACCAGAGCCGGAACCCCAGCAUGGCAGACGACCCCUUCGACGGUGUGCUCAACCUGGAGGAACAGUUCUAUCAGGAGGGAUACAAGCAAGGCCUGGAGGACGGGAUAAAAGCCGGGCGGAUAGAAGGCCGCUCGUUCGGGCUCGAGAAAGGGUUCGAGAAGUUCCUGGAGAGCGGGAGGCUGCACGGAAAGGCAGUGAUAUGGGCGAAUCGUCUGCCUAAUCUGAAGGCGAAGUCGGCGACCCAGCCCGAGUCGCAUCAGAUGGCUAGUGGCCAACCGGAAAGCAGCGGGAGAAGUCAGCAACCGGAGCGGCAUUCACUGCCGCUCUUGCCGAGAAAUCCAAGACUGGAGAAAAAUGUCACGGUUCUGUACGCCCUUGUUGAGCCCGAGACCCUAUCUACAGAGAACACCGAUGAGGCGGUCGACGACUUCGACGACAGGAUAAAAAGGGCUCAAGGAAAGGCGAAGAUAAUCGAGAGAACGAUAGGGGAGGAUUCGGGUCGGAGCCGCCCUCAAGAGAGCACCAGCCCCGCAAGACGAUGACGACAGACAGUCACGGACUCAAGUGUGAACGCAAUCUCUUUGCAGCCGGAAUGGCCAAGACAUUUCCACGGCACGGUUGAGCGGCCAGAGAUGAGAAUAAGGGGUUGGCCUGGCCUGACAAUCCCUCUCGUGCCAUGGGUUAUCACGGCGGACUGUAUAUCCUGAUAGGGGAUAGGUGUUUGGCGAGAUGGUCGCCUUGGCCAAGUAACAUUGCAGGGACGGUAGAUAUUGUCCAUCGUCUACAGGCAGGAUAGAAGACAGAGCGCUUGGACAUCCGAUAUGGGUCUUCGAGCAGCAAGUCUAUUGUUCACAGCCAC